AUGGAGGCAGAAAGGAAGCCUCCGAGUCUGCUGGAGCUGUCCGUCCGAAAAGCCAUCGACAACCUCCGGCAUAUGGAGAGCGUGGACGGCGUGGACACGCCGCUGCUGCGCAGGAUCCUGCCCCACUGCACCCUGGAGCAGCUGACCCGCAUCGAGAGCCGCACGGAGACGGACCUGACCCCCGUCACCGACGUGCUGUGGAAGGGGUUCUACCGGCGCCAGUUCGGCGAGGAGAACACGAACCACGUCGUCGACAGGAUGAGGCGGAGCGGCACGCGUUACCGGUGGAAGGAUCUCUUCAGGGCGAAGACGAAGCAGCAGAAGCAGGUUGAGGAUGCGAUGGUCGAGGCGCUCACCAACAAGUGCCGGGCACGGAACGCUGAGAGACAGAGCAAAGGCAUCAAGCCUUACACCAAGCUCCAACCAAGCAGCUGCAAACGAAGCUAUUUCGGAGGAAGCGGCAUGUCCUCCGUUUCCGGCUACAAGAACCCGAUCUUGAAGAAGGCGAGGAUGGAUGUUGACAAUCGGGCUAGAAUGGAAGCUCCUUUUUGCAGGAGGUCAGCUCAGCCAACAACAAGUCAUGGACAGCCAAUGAGGACGACUACGGUGAUUCGUAGACCCAAUUCGACCACCACCAUUGCCAAACCAACUGUUGUGAUGAAUAGGCCGAAUCAAAACAACAGAUCUAGGUUCUAG